AUGGCUUUUCUGAAAAUAUCCACAUCCCGUAAGUGCAGUCAAAUAUUAUUGCAAGAGCCGUUCAGGAACGACGUGUACGCUCGACUUGUGCGGUCUCUAACUUCCACUGCCAAUGGACCCGCAGAACAGCACCAGCAGCGCAGGAACAGCAGCUCGGUGUCCGGCCCGUCAGCCGUCGACACGAAGCCCAAAUUCGAUCCACUGGACACAUCAUUCGCCAACCCGGAGGCCACGUUCAAGAGCAAGACCACCUGGGAGAUAUUUAGAGCUUACAUAGUUUACCAGUUAUGCUCGUCCAGUUACCUUGUCGAGAACAACAUGCAGCUCAUGAAACUUUGCAAAGCAGUUUUUGGUGAAAAAUUAUUCACGGUAAUGAUGAAAAUGACAUUUUAUGGUCAUUUUGUUGCGGGAGAAGAUCAAUAUCGUAUUGUUCCUACUUUGAAACGCUUAAGAUCUUUUGGUGUUAAACCAAUUUUAGACUAUUCUGUUGAAGAAGAUAUUACUCAAGAAGAGGCAGAAAAACGUGAAGUUGAAUCAAGCAUGUCAGAAAUCGAAAAAAGAGACCAGGAUGCUGCUCAAAAAGAAGCGGAAACAGUUGGAGGUUCUUUACCACAGUACCACGUGGAUAAACAGUUCGCAGACAGAAGGUACAAGGUGCAGAGUGCUCGAACCUAUUUCUACCUAAAUGAAGCUACUUGUGAACGUAACAUGGAAGUGUUCACAAACUGCCUACAUGCAGUAGCCGGUGCUACAUAUGGAACAGGAAUUACAGCAAUCAAAUUAACAGCUCUUGGACGUCCUCAACUUUUGUUACAAUUGUCAGAGGUAAUUAUGAGAGCUCGUACAUUAGCUAGUGAAAUUAUGGGUGGCAAAGGUAAUGUAAUUGGUCAGCAUCUCACUCUUGAAGAGUUGGACAAACGUUUGUUCCAAGCUGGAAUCAAAGAUACAAAUAAAUUUUUGGAAAAAGUCACCAAGGACAGCCAAGGUGUUAUUCAUUUAUUCCCGUGGAGUGGUUUGUUAGAUGAAAAUUCUGAACUAAGUGAUUCGUUCCGUGUCCCUUGCUUAAAAGAAGGUCGUAUGGUCAGACUAUUAUCUCAAUUGUCUAAAAAAGAAGAGGAAAUGUUCCGUAAUAUGGUUCAUCGACUCAAUACAUUAGUUCAAACUGCUAAAGACCUAGACGUUCGUAUAAUGAUUGAUGCUGAACAAACAUAUUUUCAACCAGCUAUAUCUAGAUUGACUCUUGAAUUGAUGCAAAAGUAUAAUACAGAAAAAGCUAUUGUGUUUAACACAUACCAAUGUUACCUAAAAGAAACACUUAAUGAAGUCAAGACUGAUUUAAAUCAAGCUAAGAGACAAAAAUUCUUUUUUGGAGCUAAACUUGUGCGGGGUGCUUAUAUUGAUCAGGAGAGGGCAAGAGCUGCAGCAUUGGGCUAUGCUGAUCCAACCAAUCCAUCAUAUGAAGCCACCACAGAAACUUAUCAUCAAACGCUGACUGAGUGUUUAACACGCAUUAAGGUACUGAAAGAUCAAGGUGACGUUUGCAGCAAGAUCGGUAUAAUGGUUGCAUCGCAUAACGAAGAUACAGUACGCUUCGCAUUAUCACAAAUGAAAGAAAUCGGAAUCUCACCUGAAGACAAAGUAAUCUGCUUCGGACAGCUGCUUGGCAUGUGUGACUUUAUCACGUUCCCCUUGGGCCAAGCAGGAUAUUCGGCGUACAAGUAUAUACCAUAUGGCCCAGUCAACGAAGUGCUGCCAUAUCUGUCUCGCCGAGCAAUGGAGAACAAGGGUGUGCUAAAGAAGUUGGUCAAGGAAAGAACAUUACUGAGAAAAGAACUUUUCAGACGUAUACUGCGUGGACAGUUCUUCUAUAAACCUAAUGGCAAUUAUACGCCAGUUUAA